AUGUCCUCUCCUCUUUUCCGUCCCAAUCCAUCCUCCCCCGCCCCCGCCAUGACCGUCGCCAUGCACGACGACCCACACAACGACGACGCCCUCGCCCUCCACGACCAGAUGCUCUUCGGUCCCAUCGAUCUCGACGACGCGUCCCCCGUCCAGCACCAUCCACACAACUUCCACUGGGACUCGUAUCUCAACAUCGAGCCCGACAUCAAGCCCUCCUUUGUCUUCCCCACCAUGGCCAACUACGAGUUCGCACAUCCACAACCACCCUUCUACGACCCCGCCGCCCUCUACUCUCCCUCAGACGACCCCGCCUCCGCGCCCUCUCUCGAUGAUCUCGCUACCUGGAUCAACGAUCCUGAUCUGGCUCUACACUCCCCCUCUUCUCCAAUCCCAAUACCCUCACCCUCAGACACCAAUAUCUCCGCAUCUUCCUCCUUCAUCGCAUAUCAGGAUUUCCCCCAGGAUGCUGCCUUUUCUCCCACCGCGUUUGCUGCCCUUCAUCCUCUUCCACGCUCCAUCUCGCCCCCAUCGUCUUUUGAUGAUCCCAGGGCUGUUCGUCCCCGUGUUCACUCUGUCGUCUCACCCCGCGACAUGUCCAUGCAUACCCCUUCGUGGGCAUCUCAGCUUUGGGAGGCUCCAAGCGCCCAUCGUACCCAGAAUCUAGUCACUCGUCCAUCCAUCAGACACUCGCCUCUGACCGAUGUCACCCUUCGCCAGCGUCUUCCUCAGCGUCGCGGUUCCCUUUCCUCUGGUCAGCUUUUCCAGUCGUCCAGUGCUCCUUCCCACACAGAGUCUCUCGUGCCAGCUAUGACUCGAACUUACACCAGGAGAGCAGAUUCCCUAAGUGUCACCGACGAUCGUGACGCAACCGUCCGCAGAAAGAAACGGUCUCCUGACGAGGAUAUCCAGAUUCCCACAUCUUCUACAAAGUCUGCAGAUAGUCCUCUCAAAUCUGUACUCCGCCCUCCAAAGCUUGCUCCCUCUGCUUGGCAGCUUUAUUUCACCGACUGGAUCCAAAAGCAGCAGGCAUCGGGCACCCGCAAGUUGAAUGUCGCCCAGGCCGCCAAAGAGGCCGGUCAGGAAUACGCUUGCUUGAGCCCAGCAGAGAAAGAGCCAUACAAACGGCGUUCACAGGCCAUGAAGGAGGCUCGGGAGAAGGAACAUGAGGCCUAUAUGCGUACUCUCACUCCAGAAGAUAUCAAGCGCGAGAAUUUAUUCCGUGCUGCGCAGCGCAAGGCCGGCAAGUCACGCAAGAGUAACAUCAAGGACCCUAACGCUCCGAAAAAGCCUCUUUCCGCCUACUUUAUGUUCCUCCAGAGAAUUCGUGCUAGUCCUCGUUUGGUCUCUGAUAUCUUUGGAGACGAGACAGAGACCACUAAACAGAGUGUCCUGGCUGCCGCCAAAUGGCGGUCCAUGACAGAUGCUGAAAGACAGCCCUUUUUGGCUCAGGCUGAACAGGAGAAGAUGGAGUACGAGGCUGCAAGACGAUUGUACGAGGAGGGUACAACUGGCUUUGGGUCUAGUAUCAACUUUAGCAUCUUACCGGGAAGCCCGCACUUCCCUGUCGUCAAGAUGGAAUCCGAGAGUGAGAGCGAGGGUUUCACAACUGACGACGGUUCCGAGCGACCUAUUCGCUCAUAA